GAGCUCGGUCUUCAUCGUGCACUUACUGUUUUCUCCCUUCCAAGGAAAAGAAUGGAACUUUACAAGAGAAUCUGGUAUAGUGUUUAUGUCACCGAUCGCUGGUGCUGCGCAGUAAUGAGCCGACCUCUGGCAAUUUCUGACUCUGACUGCGACAUUGAUCUGCCUUCACUUGGCGGAGAAACAGACGACAACGAAGAUUAUAGCAUCUUUGUAAACUUUAUCAAGCUUUCCUCUAUCUUGGGCGAAGUUCUGAGGAGAAUAUAUUCUCCUAAAGCCAAAUCGAUUAAUUUAGUAGAGUCGACUAUCAUUUCCACUGUCCAAACAUUGCAACAGAUGUUGACCGAGUGGUUCGAUCAGCUUCCUGACAAUUGUAAAAUUACCAGCGAAGAUUUAAUACGGUUACGCCAGUCGCCUGAAAACACAAAGAAACUCACUGAAGGAGGACCUCUGAUGUUGUGCUACUACGCCAUUACUAUGCUAUUACACAGAAAUUUCAUCUUGACUGAAAACGAAGAAUCACCUAUAUCCAUUCAAUCAGACUCUGUCCGACGUUGCAAAGAAGCUGCGGCUCGUGUAAUUGACAUUGCAUGUAUUAUUCCAAGGAUGGACAUUGUUAAUUUUGGCUGGAAUUUUGCAGGUAUAUAA